AUGGACAGCGUGAGCUGCCUGGUGGACGACGCGAGCAGCGGCGCGUCCACGGGGAAGAACCCGGCGCCGGCUCCGGCUGCGGCGACCGGCAAGCCGCUACAGCGCGUGGGCAGCGGCGCCAGCGCGGUGAUGGACGCGGCGGAGCCGGGCGUGGAGGCAGACUCUGGCUCGGGCGGCGCGGGGCGCGCCGCCGGAGGCAGCGGCGGGGUCAACGGGAACGGGAAGCUGCCGUCGUCCAAGUACAAGGGCGUGGUGCCGCAGCCCAACGGGCGGUGGGGCGCGCAGAUCUACGAGCGGCACCAGCGCGUGUGGCUCGGCACGUUCACGGGCGAGGCCGAGGCCGCGCGCGCCUACGACGUGGCCGCGCAGCGGUUCCGGGGCCGCGACGCCGUCACUAACUUCCGCCCGCUGGCUGAGUCGGACCCGGACGCCGCCGUGGAGCUCCGGUUCCUCGCGUCCCGGUCCAAGACCGAGGUCGUCGACAUGCUCCGCAAGCACACCUACGGCGAGGAGCUCGCGCAGAACUGGCGCGCCUUCGCCGCGGCGUCCCCGGCGGCCUCGCCGCCGCCGGCCAAGAACAACCCUGCCGCAUCGUCGUCGCCCGCGGCGGCCUCCGCGGCGCGCGAGCACCUCUUCGACAAGACGGUGACGCCGAGCGACGUGGGGAAGUUGAACCGGCUGGUGAUACCGAAGCAGCACGCGGAGAAGCACUUCCCGCUGCAGCUCCCGGUCCCGGCCGCCGCGGCGGCGGUCAGCGGCGGCCAGUGCAAGGGCGUGCUCCUCAACUUCGAGGACGCCGCCGGGAAGGUGUGGAGGUUCCGGUACUCGUACUGGAACAGCAGCCAGAGCUACGUGCUGACAAAGGGGUGGAGCCGCUUCGUCAAGGAGAAGGGGCUCCACGCCGGGGAUGCCGUCGGGUUCUACCGCUCCGCCGGCAAGCAGCAGCUCUUCAUCGACUGCAAGCUCCGGGCCAAGACGAUGACCACGGCGGCACCACCCUUCGUCAUCGCGACGACGACCACGGCCACACCGCCCCACGCCACGGUGAAGGCGGUGAGGCUUUUCGGCGUGGACUUGCUCACGACGACACCGAGGCCAGCGGUCGUAGCGGCGCCGGAGCAGGAGGAGAUGGUGGCCGUGGCGAACAAGAGAGCUAGGGACGCCAUCGCCUCGUCUACUCCAGUACACAUGGUUUUCAAGAAGCAAUGCAUAGACUUCGCGCUGACCUAG